UCAGCCAGAGAGAGGGGAGGCUCGCGACCAGCUCAGCUCCGCUCCCGUCGUUAGCAGUUAACGCUCAGCUAACCGGGAAACUAACUAGUGGGAAUAAACGGAUAACUCGAGCAGCUUCCGGAGCUAACGGCUGACGGUGUGUAUCAUCAGGUUCAUUGGCUGUAAAGCGGUCCUAUGAUGGAGGAGCUUCACGACGUCCAGCUGACUGAGAUCAAACCACUCCUGACGGGACAGAAUGGGGGAAAUCUGCAGGACUUUGACUGUCAGGAGCAUGAUGUGGAGACGGCCCACGGCGUGCUACACGUUACCAUGAGGGGAGUUGCUAAGGGCAACCGACCCACGAUCCUCACCUACCAUGACAUCGGACUCAACCACAAGUCUUGUUUUAACAGCCUCUUUAACUACGAGGACAUGCAGGAAGUGACACAGCAUUUCUCCGUUCUGCAUGUUGAUGCUCCAGGACAGCAGGAGAACGCUCCUGUUUUCCCCACAGGGUACCAGUACCCGACCAUGGAUGAGUUGGCUGAGAUGCUGCCGUCUGUUCUGACACAGCUUCAGGUGAAGAGUGUGAUAGGUAUCGGCGUUGGAGCUGGAGCCUACAUCCUCACCAAACUGGCUCUGAAUGAGCCCACUCUGGUGGAGGGUUUAGUUCUCAUCAACAUUGACCCCUGUGCCAAAGGCUGGAUGGACUGGGCUGCCUCUAAGCUCAGCGGUUGGACGAGCAACCUGGUCGACAUGAUCAUGGGACACCACUUCAGCACUGUGAGGACUAACUAG